UGUCUUGUGAACGCUUUGUACUCGGGUCGUUAAAAUCGUUCAUUUUUUUUAUUAACGGUAACCGCGUGAAAUAAUAACGGCAAAAAAAACCGGUUCGUCGUUUUAACCGUUUUUAUAUUGCUUCAAGAAACAAUUGCUGAGCAAAGGCCCAAAACAUCCAGCCAGAAACAAAUAGCACUGUCACAAUUAUGCAAUGUUAUUAUUGUACGAGUUCGGUGAAUAUAGACGAUGGGAGGGAAUUCCAAAGUGGAGCAGUGCGAGGAAAUAUGCAGCAAGAGAAAUGUUGUAACCUGAAGUGUGGUGAGUGGUUGGUGAUCAUCAUGUCUGACAAGACUGACCUGAAAGCAGAACUGGAGCGAAAGAAACAGCGACUGGCACAAAUUCGUGAAGAGAAGAGGAGGAAAGAGGAAGAACGCAAGCUGAAGGAGGCGGAAAUGAAGAGAGAGACGGUAUUUGAUGAAUCUGACCUGGAACGGAAGAGAAGGGAGACCGAGGCCCUACUUCACAGCAUUGGCAUCCCACCCGAACCCCCAUUAGAUGACCAUUGGACUGAUCAUUACAGUCAUCCACUAAGGGUCGUAACAUGGGAUACGUGUUUAUUUCAUUAUUUAGUUCCACCUCCCAUGUCACCUACCUCCUCCAAAUCACUCAGCACUCCCAGCGAGGCAGGAAGUCAAGACUUUGGUGAGGUGCCACCUGGGGUCAGGACACUUCAAUGGGAUACAGACCCUGCAGCGUUGCAGCUGCACACAGAUUCUGAACUCAGCCGCCGUGCAGUGAAGCUCAGCAUGACCAAGGUAUCUCACGUAGACUUGCCAGCCAGAGAGAUGGUGUCAUAUGCCAAGGAAACACAGACCCCUGUCACAGCUCAGCAAACAGAUGAAGUCAAUGAGGAAGACGAUGACAUAAUACAGCCGAAGCCAGCUGUUGAUGCUGAUGUGGAAAAACAAGAAGGAAAAGAAAGUGGUGAAGAUGCAGAAGGGCCAAGAAAGGGGUUGCCGACACUGGAGAAGAGGCGAAUCAAGGGGGCCCGGCUGGCAACAGUACAUCCAUGCGAGCUCACAGAAGAGGAGAAGGAACAGGUGCUUCACUCUGAUGACUUCCUCAACUUCUUUGACCGAACGUCACGUAUCAUGGAGCGUGCCCUGGCUGAACAUCAGGACAUAUUCUUUGACUACAGUGGCCGUGAUAACGAAGAAAUGGAUGGGGAGGUAUCGGCAGGUGCCAAGCUCUCCUUGAACAGGCAGUUCUACGACGAACGUUGGUCCAAACGUCGAGUGAUCACCAGCCUCGACUGGUCUGCCCAGUACCCCGAGUUGCUCGUUGCAACCUAUAAUAACAAUGAAGAUAGUCCCCAUGAGCCUGAUGGAGUGGCCUUGGUUUGGAACACAAAAUUCAAGAAAACUACUCCUGAGUAUGUCUUCCAUUGCCAGUCAGCUGUGAUGUCUGCAAGCUUUGCUCGUUUUCAUCCAAAUCUGGUGGUUGGUGGCACCUACUCGGGUCAGAUUGUGCUUUGGGACAAUCGAAGCAAUCGCAUGACGCCUGUACAGAGGACCCCCCUGUCAGCAGCAGCACAUACGCACCCAGUGUAUUGCGUGAAUGUGGUGGGGACACAGAACGCGCACAAUCUCAUCAGCGUGUCCACAGACGGACGAAUGUGUUCCUGGAGUCUGGACAUGUUGUCCCAGCCACAGGACAGCAUGGAACUCGUGCACAAACAGUCCAAGUCGAUCGCAGUCACCUGCAUGACCUUUCCUGUCGGUGACGUCAAUAACUUUGUGGUGGGCAGUGAAGAGGGUUCGGUAUACACUGCCUGCAGGCAUGGGAGCAAAGCAGGGAUCAGUGAGGUGUUUGAAGGGCACCAGGGACCAGUGACUGGCAUUCACAGCCACUCUGCUGCAGGACCCAUUGACUUCUCUCACCUCUUUCUCACCUCUUCGUUUGACUGGACAAUCAAGCUCUGGACCACGAAGAACAACAAGCCACUCUAUUCUUUCGAGGACAACUCGGACUACGUGUACGACGUGACGUGGUCUCCGGUCCACCCGUCGCUCUUUGCGUCUGUAGAUGGAAUGGGGCGGCUCGAUCUGUGGAACCUGAACAGUGACACGGAGGUUCCUGCCGCUAGCGUUACGAUCGAUGGCUGCCCAGCUCUGAACCGCGUCCGUUGGACUCACUCUGGUCGUGAGUUGGCGGUGGGUGACUCUGAAGGCCACUUGUGGAUUUACGAAAUAGGCGAGCAAUUGGCACUGCCACGCAACGAUGAGUGGACGUCCUUCGCUAGGACUCUUGUGGAAAUCCGAGCCAACAGGGCAGAUGCUGAAGAGGAAUCGUCCCGUAUCUAAGAUCCAGCUUUUCCAGUGUGCCGGUGUUCCCAAGGCAUAACAGCUGCUUGUAGCUGAUAACUGUAUAUGUAGGUUAUACUCCGUGCAGAGUUAGUGAAGACAUGUGCUUCUGCCACAGCUGCUGUCUGCUACAGAACUUGCCUUAUGACUCAAAAUAACAAUACAUGCCUAUCCCUCCACAUAAAAAUAUGAAAGUAUGUUUUAGACAUUGCAUCAGCAACACAGCUUACUGGGAGUAAAUUCAUGGAAACUCUAUUUCGGUUUUUGACAGUUGGCGUCUCAUCAGUAGUUCGGCUUGCUUGAACAAAUGGUGGUGACCUUCUGUAUUUUACAUAUGGAUCCUAGUUUGAUACAAAACUUUAUAAUACAUAACACAAAACCAUCAUAAGUGUCGUUGAGGAGAAUAUUAUGACAUCUAUAUAUAUGUCUUGCCUGUACACAUCUGGAAGUUCACCGGUAUUGGUUGAAGUAAGCCAUAACUACUGAUUAGACGAUGCAUAUUGAAACUGGUCCAGAAUUUUCUGGUGUUAAACCAAUGUUGCUUUUUUUUUAUCCCAAAAGGCUGCGUGCCUGAUGAGAUAUUUAAAACAAUAUUAGUAUUUUCUGUGCAGGAACAAUAAUGUGAAAUGAGGCGCAUUGUCUGCUUGUUUAUUUUGUUACUUAUAAUCUCCAAUGACACUAAUCAUGUUGUCAUAAGCAGCAUUCUAACCAGUAGUAUUUACUGUAUGGCUUUUCUUUCGCUUUGGAUGUUAGCAUUACGAUGCAUUUAGGGAUUCUAUACUAAUAUAUUAAAAGUCAACACAACACUGAAAAAUAAGUUUUGCAUGAAUGCCAUUAUUUAACAAUACACUGCAACCUCUGCUGAAAUUGAUGUUUAAACUGCUACACUACAUUGUGUUAUUAUACACAGGGGUCAGCAACCUGCGGCUCCAAAGCCGCAUGCGGCUCUUUAAUGACUGCUUUGUGACGUUCUUUAUUAACGACUGUCUCUUAUUUACUUGCAUUGCGGCUCUUGAAAUAUUGAGUUUAUUACAGAAUUCGAAAACAAUGGCUCUUGUUAUUUUGGUUACUGACCCCUGUUAUACACCCUUAUAUGCUGCCUGUAAAGAUGAAAUAGACCUAAAGAACAUUACCUAUCUAAUGAAUGGGAUAUUAUGGUAAUUGGAAUGCUAUCUUUAUUUAUGUAAUAUUCUAACUUAUUCGUAUUUAUUGAUAAAUAUGGUUUUCAGAAUUAGGUUUAUUCAUUACCGUAAGUGAAUAUUGCAUUUAUUUUAAACAAUCGAGCACAGGCCCAAAAGCCCAAUACGUCAAGCAGCCAGCAAUACACAAAUUUGAGUUGUAGAUCAGAGUAAACGUGUUUCCUGAAUUGAGCUUGAGAUGGAAUUCCAGAGUGGAACAGUGAGAUGAAAUAGAAGUGUUGUGACCUGCAGAAUGGUGAGUGUGUGGGUGAGUGUGGAAGCGGUAGUGUAGCGGUUAGCGCGCUGUGCUAUGAACCUGGCGACCCGGGUUCGAUUCCCGCUCACGGCCAACACCAGUGACGAUUAUCUGAACCGGUCCUGGGCCUCCCCUAGGUCGACUCAUCCUCAAAUGAGUACCUGGUGUGAUGUGUAAACAUCGCCGCUAGGGAGACGAAGGCGGCUAGGCUUGGUUCUGGCCACCCACCCCCUCGUGUGUGCCGUGCCGGCCUUUAUAGGUGCUCACUAACAGCACUUGCCCCUACAGUCUGUCAAGGCUAUACGGGGGGAUCUUUGUCUUUAUGGGAGAGUGGGUGGUGGAACACAGUAUGGAUGAACAAAUGCAUAGGUGAGUGGGUUGCUUAGAGUUAUUAAGUGGGUAGGUGAGGAAAUGUGAAUGUGGUGAGUGGGUGUGUGAAUGAGGGGGUGGGUGAGUUUUUAAGUUCUGACCUGUAGUUACAAAUUACCACGCACAUCACCCAACAUUCUUAUUAGGUAUUCCUCAGUUGUAUGGGUUUAUAUUGUUGCCAUUUGAUUUGAUUUCAGCAACAAAACAAUAUGUGUCAGUGUAUAAGAAAAUUGGAUGUUGGUGUGUAAGAAAAACACGAUCAACUCAACAAAACAGAAUAAAGAAAGGUCCAAAACGUAAAGCGACCAGCAAUAAAUGACACGAUCGAAGUUGUGA